AUGCCAGCUCCUGCAGUGGAUUCAUCGAGGUUCAGGCACAGAAAGAUCAGCGUGAAGCAACGACUUCGGAUCUAUAAGAGCCAUGAAAUUAAGGAUUUGGAACAAGAAGAUGUUUCGGCCAUCAGUUCCCAGCAUCAACAGCGAGAGCUGAUGGAGAUUGAAACUGGUGUGGAGAAGAAUGAAGAAAAGGAAGAGCAUUUAUACAAAAUUCUUCAAUCCAAUCAGCUUCGAGAGAACAAGAAGGAUCUAUUUAUUCCAACACCAGACGCCUCGAAAACUUGGGACGAGUUUGACAGAUUUUACCAAGGUGAAUUCAAAUGUCCUACGAGUUAUAUCCAGUUUUCUGCACAAUUAGAAGAUUGCUGUGGUACUUUGUAUAAUAUGGAUGAAGAAGACGAAAUCUUUUUGGCAGAUUUAAAUAAAUCCCUGGCGGAUUCGGUCGAACCUCUAACGGAAGAUGAGUUUGAAUUAAUUAUGGCCAACUUUGAGUCUUCCAUCAAAGAUAGGCAACCCUUCCUGUCCAUGGAUCCCGAGAGUAUACUUUCAUUUGCAGACCUAAAACCAACCAUGUUGAAAAACGAUGUUGGUGAUUCUGGCGUAAAAAAGGAACUCGCGAAGGAAAUUGGGAUGCCUGAAGAUGAACCAUUCUUGACAAUGUUUGACAAUAAAAGACCUCUAGGUAAAAGGGAAAAAAAUAUGGAGACUCUUAUCGAAUUGUUCGGAGAGAAAAUACACGAUCAUUGGAAGCAACGCAAGAUAUCACGUCAUGGUUGCGAUAUCUUCCCACAAUUGAAAUCGGAGCGUAAUAAUGAUAAAGACGAUAAUGAUCCAUAUGUGUGUUUCCGUAGGAGAGAGCUUCGACAACCUAGGAAAACAAGGCGGAUAGAUGUUCAGAACUCACAAAAAUUGCGACUUCUAUGCCAACAAUUGGAAUAUACUAAAGAUUUGGCACUCACUGUAGCCAAAAGAGAAAGAGCAGUAUUAGAAGUCCUAGAAAACGAAAAGUUCGUCUUCCAAGCGCGAGCCCAAUUGAAGACAAUGAAGAGAAAGUUAGGCAUAGAUGCCGAUAACGAGGAUUUGUACUCGGCAAAGAAACAAAAACUCGUGAGUUCGGUGCGUACAAUCAAACAACAACAACAACUUCUUCUUCAAAAACAGCUACAGAUACAACAGCAGCAACAACAGCAACUACAACAGCAGCAGGCAGCCAUUACUUCAGAUUCAUCUGUUAAACGUGCAAAAUCUUCAAAAUCGUCGAAACUUCACAAAGAAGACAGUGGUCUAUAUGCUGAUGAGAAAGGAAGCGAGCCAAAGAAGAAAGGCCCAAAAACUGGUUCAAAUAAAAACAAAGAACAAUCACUGUCAUCUGCGCAGGAAAUUGGAGCUCAGUCGCCUGUUGCCAAUGUCUCGAAUGUACAACAACAGCAAAAACAGGCAUCUUCUCAAGUAUAUGUUAAAUUGCCUAACUCUAAGAUACCUGAUAUCGUGUUAGAAGAUGUCGGUAAAUUGUUGCAUUCAAAGGAAAAAAGCACAAGGAAAUUUGUUGAAGACAGGAUGAGAAAAAGGAAACAGGAAGAUGGUGACAUCUUUUUCAACCUCACUGAUGAUCCUUACAAUCCUGUUUUCAACCUUUCAAUACCAGAUAACGUCAGCCCCCAAGAUGCUCCAUUUUCUUCUGUUGCUGGCUCAAAGUUCGAAGUAAAAACAUCCUACUAUUCACCUAAUCUUCAAAAUUAUAUCACUGGCACUGCGAAUGAUAUAAAGGUUUUUAACAAGGAAGGUGAAGCUGUGGAGAACAAUGAGUAUAAAAAGUUAGAAUUUUUCAAUCCAUUUGAUAACGAGAUUCAUACUCAUUCUCGUGAAUUUCCAAUCGCUUUCAGACGCCGUCGCGGUCGUUUCAAUAUGGAAUAUAUUGACCAAAGAAAAACUGAUCACAAUAUUAACGACAUGUUAUUACAAUUUAUUGAUUUGGAUGGAAUACAGAAGCAAGAACUCGAUAAUGAUGUUAUAAAUGUGUAUGAUUCUAAACUGGAUGAUUUAUCCAGGUCAUAUUAUCACUGGAAAUAUGAUUCCAAUUACAACAUUUACGGGUCCAAGUUUUCCGACGAACCGGCGAAGUUGAACCAAAUUUCAAACGAUACUCAGGUGGUAAGAUUUGGAACCAUGUUAGGAUCCAAAGCAUACGAGCAACUAAGAGAUGCCACCAUCAAAUAUAGACAGGAACAAAUCAACAAAAGAAAGAAACUGAAUUCCCUGCAACAACAGCAAAUGCUACAAAAGGGUCAACAGCCCAUUAACAAUGCUCCUCAUUCACAGUCCUCUUCCCCACCAUCUCAUCAGGACACUAGGAAGAAUCCAGGAUCAACUCCAAAUCAGUCCAGUCCGCCAAAGAAACACGUUACUCCUAACGCUGCUGCAUAA